AUGGGCACACCGGCGCAGCUCAGGCUCUUGUCUCUCCUCGCACUCUGCGUUGUGUCGGCGACGGCGGACUGGAGCAGGGGGACGGCGACGUUCUACGGCGGGGCGGACGCCUCCGGCACAAUGGGUGGCGCGUGCGGAUACAGUAACCUGUACAACCAGGGCUACGGCGUUUGGAACGCGGCGCUCAGCUCGGUGCUGUUCAAGGAGGGCGCGUCGUGCGGGGAGUGCUACCUCAUCAUGUGCGACACCAGCAAGUCCGUGGAUUGCAAGCCCGGCGCCGUCACCGUCACCGGCACCAACCUCUGCCCGCCCAACUGGGCUCUCCCCAACGACAACGGCGGCUGGUGCAACAACCCACGACAGCACUUCGACAUGUCCCAGCCGUCAUGGGAGACCAUCGGCAUCUACCGCGCAGGCAUCAUCCCCAUCCUCUACCAGAAGGUCAAGUGCUGGAGGCAGGGAGGGAUGAGGUUCAACAUCCUAGGGUCGAAAUACUUCCAGCUCGUGCUCGUCACCAACGUCGCCGGCAGCGGCUCCAUCCAGUCUAUGUCGGUCAAGGGGACCAGUACGGGGUGGAUCACCAUGACCAGGAACUGGGGCGUAAUCUGGCAGUGCAACUCCGUGCUCACCGGACAGGCGCUCUCCUUCAGUGUCACCUCCACCGGUGGCCAGACGGUGUACACCAACAACGUCGUGCCCGCGUGGUGGGACUUCGGGGGGCAGACGUACGCCAGCAACAUCCAGUUUGACUAUUGA